AAAAGAGUAAAGUAAAGAGAGCAACAAAUAAGUAGAGAUAGAGCAAAGAAGGAGAAGAAGGCGAAGAGGCUUUGGACAGCAAUGGCGAGAGGGUUCAGGCUCAUAUUUGCGACUUCUCUUCUCCUAAUGCUUCUGGAUAUCUGCAAGGGAAGCAAAGUUGGAGUUUGCUAUGGAAGAAAUGCCGAUGAUCUCCCCACACCAGAUAAAGUAGCACAAUUGGUUCAACUUCAUAACGUCAAGUAUUUGAGGAUAUAUGACUCUAAUAUCCAAGUUCUCAAGGCAUUUGCAAACACCGGCGUUGAGCUCAUGGUUGGGAUUACAAAUUCAGACUUGUUACCGUUCUCCCAGUUCCAAUCCAACGCUGACACCUGGCUAAAGAACAACAUCCUUCCCUACUAUCCGGCCACAAAGAUCACUUACAUAACUGUUGGUGCCGAAGUUACAGAAGUCCCCAAUAAUGUCUCUGCCAUGGUAGUGCCUGCUAUGCAAAAUGUUUUCACUGCUUUGAGAAAAGCCGGUUUACAAAGAAAGAUUAAAGUUUCGAGUACUCAUUCUCUUGGAGUUUUGUCUCGAUCCUUCCCGCCUUCUGCCGGGGCUUUUAACAGCAGUCACGCGUUCUUUCUGAAACCCAUGUUAGAAUUUCUUGCUGAGCACCAGUCACCGUUCAUGAUUGACUUAUAUCCUUACUAUGCUUAUAGAGAUUCCCCGAACAAUGUGUCGCUAGAAUACGCUCUAUUCGAGUCAUCCUCGGAGGUUAUCGACCCGAAUACCGGUUUGUUAUACACCAACAUGUUUGAUGCACAGAUCGAUGCCCUUUAUUUCGCUCUCAUGGCUCUAAAUUUCAGAACAAUCAAGAUUAUGGUUACUGAGACGGGAUGGCCUUCCAAAGGGUCGGCCAAAGAGACGGCUGCGACUCCGGAUAAUGCCCAGACUUACAACACAAAUCUGAUUCGACAUGUCAUCAACGACACAGGUACCCCUGCAAAACCUGGAGAGGCGCUAGACGUGUAUAUCUUUUCGCUGUUCAAUGAGAAUAGGAAACCAGGAUUGGAAUCCGAGAGGAAUUGGGGGUUGUUUUAUCCAGACCAAACGAGUGUCUAUAGCCUUGAUUUCUCCGGAAGAGGUGCCGUGGAUAUGACUACACAAGCGAAUGUCACAGGUUCGAAUGGAACGUGGUGUAUUGCUUCGUCUACGGCUUCAGAAGUUGACUUGCAGAGUGCUUUGGAUUGGGCUUGUGGGCCCGGGAAUGUGGACUGUUCUGCUAUUCAGCCUAGUCAGCCUUGUUUUGAGCCGGAUAAUCUAGUUUCGCAUGCAUCAUAUGCAUUCAACAGUUAUUACCAGCAAAAUGGAGCUACUGAUAUUGCUUGCGGUUUUGGAGGAGCUGGGGUUAAAACAAAUAAGAAUCCAAGCUAUGACAACUGCUUGUAUAUGAUCGCCGGGAGCAACAAAACUGCUGCAAGUAACGUGACAGAGGUUCCUUCUACUUCUUCGUCCAUUCAAACAGUACUCUCUUUGUGGAUCUCUAGUUGCCUCCUGCUUUUGACCUUGCUCCCAUUUUUCUGAACCUCAACAUUGCGUGACAAAGGCUGAUGUUUGGACUAAAGCGUUUUCAUGCAAGCAAGAGGUGGUACGUACGAGAAAUUUUUUGCAAGAGUUACAUAUGCCAAUGGAGGUACCUAGUUUUGUGUGAUAUCUAUUGGUAGGUGCGUAUUAGGUAGAUGGGUUGCAAGACUAGUCCCUUAAUGGGAUUUUAGAUGCCCUAUAAUUUGUUGAUUCUUGUAUGCAUAUAUAGGAUAGCUAGAACAAAACUUCUGUUGUGGAUUGGCAGCUUAAGAUGUGAGUUGUCUACUAGUACUUGUAAGCUAUAUAUUUGAGGUCCAAGUUGCAAACUUUUUGUUUUAUGAGAUACAUUUUUGUUCCAAGUUUUGAUCAAAUCCCAGUAUUUAAA